AGCGCUAGGAGCCAGUUGCGCCAAGAGCGCGGAGCCCGGGAGUCUUGCGCGUGGAGGGUGCUCGGGCGGGAGACUCGGAACCUCGAGGGCCAUGGCAGCACCCCCUGUCAGAGGAAAAAGGAAGCAGUCAGAGGAAGGUGACCCCAUAGACUCCCCUGUGUCCCCCAGUCCUGAUGAUGAGCAGAGCAGAAGCCAGAGCCCGAUCCAGCUGGAGGACUCCCCUGAGGCAGGCGGGGAGCGGGAGGAGGAGCAGGCCUUCCUGGUCAGCCUCUACAAGUUCAUGAAGGAGCGGCACACACCCAUCGAGAGGGUGCCCCAUCUUGGAUUCAAGCAGAUUAACCUGUGGAAGAUCUACAAGGCUGUGGAGAAGCUGGGGGCUUAUGAGCUGGUGACUGGCCGCCGCCUCUGGAAGAACGUCUAUGACGAGCUAGGGGGAAGCCCGGGCAGCACGAGUGCGGCCACAUGCACGCGCCGCCACUAUGAGAGGCUGGUCCUCCCGUAUGUGCGGCACCUGAAGGGGGAAGAUGACAAGCCACUGCCCCCCUCCAAGCCCAGGAAGCAGUACAAGAUAGGCAAGGAGCCGAGGGGAGACGAAGGGGCCACUGAGCGGGUGAAGAAAACCAAGGAGGAGAGGCAGGUGGACCAGGUGACAUCAGGAAAGACCAAAAUGGAUACCACUGAACUGGCUCUACUUCCCAGCCAGGCACCCCCUAGGUGUAGCAUGGAGCAGCCAGGCCCAGCUCCUGGGUCCCCCUUGCCCUUCAUGGGUGCUGGUAUUUGUCCUGAGGCCUAUAAGCGGCUCCUGUCCACCUUCUAUGGCAAAGGGGCUCAUGGAGUCAUGUCGCCUCUGGCCAAAAAGAAGCUCCUAGCCCAGGUCAGCAAGGCUGAAGCUUUGCAGUGCCAGGAGGAGGGCUGUUGCCAUGGGGCAGGUGGCCCUGAUAGGGAGCUCCUGGAGAGCUCCCAGAGCCCAAGAGGGCUGACUGAGAACUCAGGGUGCCAGCCAGCCCCACUGGAGGGGUUGCAGGGCCCAGGAAACAGCAUGGUGGGGGAGACUCCGGGGGGUCCCUGUGCUGCAGCCCCCAUAUUCAUGGGCUCUUUUCACACCUGCCCCACUGAGGUGCUAAAACCUAUCAGCCAGCACCCCCGGGACUUCUUCUCUAACCUGAAAGACAGGGUACUGCUAGGGCCCCCUGGCAAAGGGGAGGGGCCCCUGGCAAAGGCCCAGCUGGUGUGGGGCGGGGAUGCCAGCCACCCCUCUGCAUUCCACAAAGGCACCUCCAGAAAGAGCAGCUUCUUCCCCAAGCCCAAAGCCUGCUGGGUACCCCCCAUGGCCAGAGUUCCUACUGAGAGCCCUGUGCUCCUGCCUGCUGUCCCCAACAGCCCAGGCCUCGGCAACAAGCGCAGCCUGGAUGAGGAGGGCUUUGCCCACGGUGGCAAGAAACUGCGGGCAGUGUCUCCUUUCCUGAAGGAGGUGGACAACAAAGAGUGCAGGGCCAAGCCCUCGGUGCCUGGCACAACUGUCUCCUGCCUGCUGGGCCCAGCCCCACCAGAGACCUACAGGGGCACCAUGCUACGCUGCCCACUCAGUUUUGCUGGCACCCCAGACCCACUAAAGAGCCAGGCCACACUGCCCUUCAGCCCCCUGGUCAUCCCGGCCUUCCCGGCCCACUUCCUGGCCACUGCCAGCCACUCACCCGUGACCACUGGCCUGGUGCACUUCCCCCCAGCAUCUUUCGACAGUGCCCUUCACCAUAGACUCGGUCCGGUGUCGCCCGCCUGGCAUGUGCCACCUGUCACAACCUACUCGGCACCGCCCUUCUUCCACUUGAACACCAAGCUGUAGGUCUGUGCCCACCACACCGUGUUGUGCUGUGGAGGGUUGAGGUGCCCAGAGAUGGACAGGCACUGCUAGGGGGCUUUCUGCCCAGGACCUGUGGGCCAGGCAGCCUGGCAUGAGCAAGGUGGCAGAGGGAAAACUGGGUUUGUCUCAAGGAAGCAGCCAAGCCCAGACGCUGGGGACCCAGGUGGGAUGAGGCCUUGGGAGAGGACGUGCAGGGUUUGCAGUGUUCAGCUGGUUCCCACACACACAAACCAGGAGUCAGGUGAGGGUCUGAGGAGCCCAUUGCAGCUCAGGGUGCCCUGUUGCCCACCAAAAUCCAGUAAAAAGACACGGCCAGUCCUUUGUGAGGGCAGGUGGGCAGGAUGAGAUUGUGGGGCCACCCAUGUGGGAGAUGAAGAGAUGCCAUCUGGUGGUCUGGAUGCCACCACCCCACAGAAGAGCGGCCCAAGCAAAGCCCAGCUUCUACACUCGUCCCUUAGACCUCCUGUCAGAUCUGGUAUCUUCAACCCACUUUCCUAGAGCUUACAGCCCUCCUGCAAAACCCCGGAUGGUGGCAACACUCAGCUGACCCCAGGACUCCUGGGCCCCAGGACAGACAUGCCCUGCAUCUGCUUACCAGUUCUGGAGAGGGAAGUCACUUGCUUUGAAUUCUCGCCCUGUUGCCCAGGCUGGUCUCAAAAUUCCUGGGCUCAGUGAUCCUCCUGCCUCAGCUUUCGAAACAGCUGGGACCUGAGGGUAUAAACAUGAAGCCAGCCUGUCACAGUCAUGCACAGAGACCCAUGGGCCCUGCUGAUGAAUUUGGUGGCCAUCUCCACUUCCUGCCCUACAUGGACAGCAACUGAAGCCACUGAGACUACUGGGGUCCUGGAGUGGUAAGGGAGAGGAGAGGCGGGGUGCUGCCUGGGCAUCUGUUUUGGCAGUAAGCACCCGUGAGCUUCAGGUGCUUGCCUCAGGGAAUUGGCAUUUGCUCAGGAAAGCAUCACACUGGGUCCCAGAAAGGCAGUGCCCCCUAACCCAGGGGAUGCCAGGGUGACCCAAGAGCCAGGUCAGCAGAUGGCCUUGGACCUGUGUCCUAGACCCUGCUCUGUCCUCAGACCUGGCUACAGGGAUGCUCUGAUCACAAACCACAUACACCCUUAGUCACAGUGGGAGGCUGAAGCCAGGGCCAGGGUCACUAAGGUUGACAACCCAGGUCAGGGCACACACAGCAAGCUGCUGCUAGGGUUGGGUGGCCAGGAAGACAGCUGCCUGUGGUGCCACUGAAGGAAGUCCAGCAGCAGGGAGGUAGCUGCUGCCAUGUGAGCAUGGACAGGCUCUGCAGGGGCCUCUCACUUUCCUGCAUCAUUGCUGGGGGACCUCGGGAUCCAGCCUGAGCAUCUGCAUGACCAGCCCUGAGCUCCCAACCCUGCAUGCACCACAUGCCGCCCCCACUUUUGGUACCUGGGAUCGAACUCAGGACCUUGUGCUUGUGAGGCAGGUGGUAGCACCACUGGGUAAAUCCUUGGCAUUUUUCUUCAAGCCUGCAGAUGCUGGUGGUGACAGAGAAGGGAGAGACUGUGCUCUGACCAUGCUUCAGGCCAACACCCUAGGUGUUGGGCUGCAGUUCAUGGGGGUAGCAUCCCCUGAAUAAGGAGCAGGUGAGGGCUGCCUGUUGGGUGUCCUGGCUGAGAUGAGGCAGGGUCCCAGUGUCCUCUUCAUCUGCAAAGCAAUGCCAGUCUCGGCCUCACCCUCAAGGUGGAGGGUCCAGCGCCGGGACAGGGGCGCCCUCUGGAGACAGGUCUGGGGAAUGCAUUUGUCAGCCUCUUCCUUUCGAACUGUGGAUACCUGGGUGGAAGGGGCCCGGGUGUAGGCGUUGAAGACCGGACAGCUGGGCGUAAGCCGGGCUUCCUGGGAAAGCUCGGAGGCCCUGAGUUCCAGUAUGCUGGCCUUACAUGGUCCUGGCUCAUGCACUUUCCAUGAUCCCCUGGGGGAGGGACUGUCCCAUUUACAAAUGAGGACACAUCCCAGAGGGAUGAGGCCCUCUGGAUGCCUGGCUGUGCCACCUUACCACAUUCCUUUGCUGCAUUCCUGAUAGGCUGCCCUGGGGACCCACAGUCCAGCAGGGUCAACAGGGCCCAUUUGUGGAGUGUAAGAUAUAUUUCAGGGCCAUUUUCAGGAGCCCUUCCAAAAUGCCAGUGGUAUUCGAGCUGCAGAUAGAGUCAGGGACCAGACCAGAAUCCACAGCAGAAGAGCGCUGACUGCUCCCCAUGGUCACGACCCCUUUCCCUGGUAAUAGCAUAAGUGUGGGUAGGGACAGGUGUGAGACCAGGCAUCGGGCAGACACUCAAGGCCUCUAACCUCUUGGUGCAGGCACUGCGGGUGAGGUGGGGGAGAAGCUGAUCACUGAAUCAGUGUCCUGGGGACAACUUGGACCAGGAGCAGGGAAUGCAGUUUUUGUUUGUUUUUGGGGUUAAAAUAUGCUUGCCAUUGUCACUAUUGUAAGUGUACAGUUCUGUGGCAUUAAAUGUACACGCACUGUGUCAGCCUCACCACUUCUUUUUUCCAGGUGCGUAGUUUUAAAUGGGUGAGAGAUCAUGUGACCUUUGGUGGGUGGUGUUGCACAACAGCUAGAGGUGACUGAGGGAGCUUCAUGGGCACUGGAGGAGAAGCAGAGGCACCCAGUCCCCAUGGUGGUAGCAGGAAGGUGGGCCCAGGACCUGGGGGCAUGGAGGUUGGAGCAGUGAUUGUGCCUGUGUGCAUGUGCGUGGCUUUUCCUCAGUGUAAGG